AUGAGUUUUAUAGAUGAAUAUGAUUUGGAUAUGUAUAAAAAUAUUGUAAUGGCCAAUAAUUGUAAAGAUGAAGAAUUAUUAUGUAUAUUUAAUACUUCAAGUUUUUUAAAUACAAUAUGUUUUUUUAUCUUUGUUAUUAUGUUUUUAUGGGCCUUGGCCAUACUCUCUAGGUUUUACUUAUCAUAUAAUAUUAUGAAGUAUCUAAAAAACAGAAAGGCGAUUUAUAUGAAGAACAUGUCCCGAUAUAUUGACGACAUAAAAAUGUUAUGCAGAAGUCAUGUAAACGAUAUCAUAAGAAUAAAAAAGAAAAUUACUCCAAGACAUGUUGAAAAAAUAAAUUUAAAUAUAAGUAUAAAUAACAAUAUACAACUCUUUAAGAACUAUUUAAGUUCUAGUAGUAAUGAUUUAAAUAAUCUUUAUAAGUAUUCUAUAUCGUUUACUUUUUCAUCCAAAAAUUGUAUAUAUAUUAGACUUUUUUUUGGUGUGUUACUAGAAGAAAUAAAUGAUAUGAUAUACAAUAAAACAGAGUCCUAUAGGAAUUUAAAUUAUUAUAGAGAUGAUGAAAAUAAUAAAAAUAUUAAUCAUCAGAAUAAUUUAAAUAAUAAUAAUACUGUUAUAUGUAUAGAUAAUUUUAAAAACUUUUUUAGAGAAGGGUUUAUUAAGACACUACCAAGUAAUAAAAAGAAUUCAUCUGAUGCGACAACAUUUUUAUUAGAUAAUGAUAAAAAUGAUUUCUUUAUUACAGAUGAGAGUUAUAUAGAAAAUAUUAUUGAUUUUCAUACAUGUUAUUAUAAAACAUCUCAAUCUUUUUAUACAAGUGGUACCGAUUUAACAUACACAAUGCCUUAUGAUGAGAACUUUUGUGUAACGGAUAUUUUAAAUCGAAUAGAAAUAGAAAAAAAGCAGAAGGACGAAAAUAAUAGUAAUAAUUAUAGUAAUAAUAGUAGUAAUAAUAAUGAUGAUAAUAUAUAUAAUAAUAAUAAUAAUAAUAGUAUAUACAAUCAUAUAUAUAGUGAUAAUCUUAUGUUUAAUGACAAUAUUAGUACAGCAUAUCGAAAUAACCAUCUUGAUUCAACAAAUAAUAACAUUUUCUUAUCUAGUGAACAUACCAAUAGAUAUAAAAAUAAUAAGGUUUUUUUACAAAAUGAUAGCAAAAUAUUAAACCAUACAAGUGUUGAUGAGAACAUAAGAAUUCCUCUUAUCAUUGUUUUGAAUGAUGUACCGCCUACUGAUGAGUAUUAUGGACAUAAAGAAAAUAUAAAAAAUAAUUAUAAUAAUAUAAACACAACAACAACAACUACUACUACAACUACUACUACAACAACUACUACUACUACUAGUAAUAAUCAUAAUAAUAAUAAUAAUUGUAAUACACUCAUUGUUUUAGUAGGAUUCAAAAAAAUUAAAGAUAAAUAUAAACCAUUUAUCAUAAAAGAUAUAUCCGUUUUAAGUUAUAGCCUUUCCGAACAAUAUGAUAAUUUAAGAAAAAAAAAAAAAAAAAAAAGAAAAAGUAUAUCUAAUAAUAAUAUUUACAAUAAUCAAAUAUAUCAAUUUGUAGACAUACUAGAUAUUUAUGGACAUGAAGAACAUGAUAAAGAAUGCUUAAUUUGUAUGACAUCAUAUAAAGAUACCUUAUUAAUGCCAUGUAGACAUUCUUCCUUUUGUUAUGAUUGUAUGAAAUCUUUAAGACAAGAAAAAUGUCCCAUAUGCAGAUGCCUAUUUACAUCCUUUAUAAAAUUCCCCUUAAAAAAUGUUGAACGGGUUGAUACUUAA